AAGACCGAGAUGAGUUGAGACAAGUCCCGUGGUUCCGGGGCGAGCAGUGAUGCGUCAAGCCGGUGAAUCAGCCGUCGGGAUAAAAAGAAGAAAGGGAAAAAAAAUCGGGAUUCAGUAAUGAAAAGGGGGAGGAAAGGAGGAGAACAAGGAGGAGGGAAGAGAAGGAGGAUACAAAAAGCCUUCGUCGCCCCGGAGAGUGUCACACGGAUCACAGAAGUCCGAGCAUAUGCUCCAUCCUGACGCGCCUCUACUUCGGAGCAUUUUACGAUCUGCUUUGGACCUCCACCGUUCGAAACCUUUGCUUCAGAGAAAAAAACAAAGCUAGAGAACAUCUUCAAGGGCUCCUCAGCUGAUUGAUGAACUUCUGAGUACUGCAUGGAAAUAAAGGAUUUGGAGAAAGGAAAAUGACAUAUUGCACAGUUCAUCAAAUCCACCUUGUGUUCUUAUUGGCUGCUGCCACAGUCGCCACCGUGAGUUCUUCCCACAGCCUGGCCAGUGAGAGAAGUUCAAUAGAGAGCACGUACGAGCUCACCAAAUUUCUGGAAUAUCAACUCAAGGAAAUCAAAGAUGUCUACUUGACAUACCUCGGCCCCCCGUUCAAUGAUAAAGACUUUUCGCCGCCGAGGCCCAAUAGCACGGCUCUUUCCUUGCCCAGCGCCGCCACCCGCCUGGAGUUGUGGCAAGGCCUGGAGAACCAAGCCCGUCUGGCUCAGAACCAGAGGGCCUACUCAGUCCUGUUGGCGGCUGUGAGGGAGCUGGCCCGCUCCACCCUCUGCCCCUCCCUCAAGACUUCCCUGCUGCACUUCUGCACAGGCCUGGACGGCCUGUUGGGCUCCAUAUCGGCGCUGAUGAACACUCUGGGCUAUGCCCUUCCUGAAAAGAAGUUUGGUGAGCUUCAGAGGAGGACAGGGGGAGACCGCCCGGCACCUCUGACCAGCAGCAGCUCAUACAGGUCCAGAACCAGGAUGAGGAUAGGGAGACGGGGCCGAGGGGAGAGAGAGGGCGGCCUCAGUGUGGAUGUGAAGCAAGGGAAAGCGAGGAGGCGGCAGGAGGCGGCCGACGGAGGAAGGAGCGGUGAAUCGAGGCAGAAGGCAAGAGGAGAGAAGAGGAGAGGGAGGAGGGAAGAACCGACCGUCUGGAAGUGGGACUGGGAAGAAGAGCAUCCAGUGGUAGACACAAGAAGAUGGGGGAGGAGCUUGUUGAGCGUUGGCGAGGAGGCAGAGAGGCAGUCCGGUUCCGCCGUCGUCAAGCCGGCCGGCGAGGGAUACAGCUACAACUUGGAUUUCCUUCACACGGACACGCUCAGGAAGGAGGACGGCGCCACUGUGGAUGGAGAGAAGAGCUUCAUCGUGGACUUCUCCUCAUCGCAUCAUCGACGCCGUCCUCGCUCCCUCCUCCCUCCCACGCUGCAUCCCCCUCCAUCCACCUUCUCCCUUCUCUACCAGCUGGGGCCAGGCGAGGAGCACGCGCUCGUCCCCACGCCCUCAACGCUGUCUUUACACGGAGGCCCCUCGCUCCUCUCUGCCUCCUCGUCAUCGUCGGCUGUGCUCCUCUCUGUGCGGCCGUCCAUGAGCGACUUUGCCAGGAAGGUGGAAGGCUUUUGGAUACUGCGCGAGCUGCAGAGCUGGUUGUGGCGUUCAGCGAAGGACUUUAACCGCCUUAAGAGGAGACUGAGAGGCUGAGAAGAUGCAGCAAGACACAUCCAACUCACACAAUGUGCAGUGUUAACCUUGACAGUAUUUGCACUAGGGGCUGGGCAUCGACCCCAUUUUCGACUAUCGGUGAAAUUAGCAAUCAAUGAAUAGAUUCUUUAUUUUAUUUUGUUAAUUUUGUUUUAUUAUUCUUAUUAAUGUGGGCUGCGCAAUGCUCAAGUUGUUAGCACAUUGGCCUCGGUUCUGAGAUUGAGCGGCUCCGGUCUGCCUUUGCCUCUUCUCACAUUGCAAUAUGUUUAUUGAAGCCUCCUAUUUAGGUAUGAAUGGCUGUCUUGUCCCUGUGCCUUGCAAUUGACUGGCAAAAAGUCCAGGGUGUGACACACACACACACACACGGACUCACGCGUGUACGCACACACACACAUACACUUAAGAGUCAGCUGAGUGACAGUGCAGCCAUUGAGCAAAAACAGAUUCAGUGACACAACUGGUGUGAAUCAGCAAACAUUCAUCAGAAAUGUUAUGAAUGGAGAGUAGACAAAAGGAGUUUGGCGGAAGAGGAGGAGGAGGAGGAGGAAACCGCCGGAGGGGUGAACAAGUCGCAGACGAAGGGGCACGAGAGGAGAGCAAAAUGAGAUGAGUCAGUGGACAAGCGCUGGAAAGAAUAGCCAGAGGGGGAAUGUAAUGCUGAGUAAGCACAAGUCAGCUGGUCAGUUACAGUAACCUUACAAGAGCGCUUUACACUUCAGUCAGACAGUGGUGGUUGCACACAUGCACACAUGCACACACACAUAGCAAUAUUCAGAGAACAGGUUCUACCUAGGACCGAACACAGUGAAAAACAUACCACCAAGUUAUUUCUUGGAUCAUUUUACACUUAUCAAAUGAGAAGUUUUUAUUGGCUGUUAACAUUUAGGGCUUAGCAAACACAAGUGAUCCAGAAAACUGAAACACUAAAACAUGAUGCAGCCUGAUGGAGGUUAUACCUAAUAUGUGAGCAGGAGAAACUCGAUGCUCCACCAUAAAUCUUUACCGCAGGUAUCUUUGAUGCGGUUCUUGAUAACCUCUUCUCAGCCAUAAAUCUUCUCUGACUGUAUCUGCACAAGAGAGUGUUGUGCAUGUGAAUUGCUUUGGACCUCCUCAGUGCUUGCAUAGAGGACAGUUUACAAGAGGAGCAGGAUGCACUCUCAUCUACUGGAAAUAAAAAGGACAGAAGUUGGGUUUUGAAGACAGAAGGCAGAAGGCAUGGCUUGAUCCAAAACGGACAUCCAUAGACUUUGCCCUCAAGAGCUGGCAUGGAAACACUCUCUUAGUAUGUGUAUGUUUGCAACUCACAUGUGAAAGUGAUUAUUUAUGGCUUUUUAAAAAACUUAUGUUUCUUCAUUUUUUGCCCCCCUCCAAAGAAUUUAUGAAUUUUACAAUGGGCCUUUAAAAUGUGGUUGAAGGUUGAGAUAAAAGUCUUGGGCCAUCGCUAGAUUUACUAAUGCUAUCAUAAUCAGAACAAUUAUUUUUCAGUCUUAUUAUUAGGUUACAAUCAGAAAUGACUGAAAAAAAAAGUAAAGUGUACGCCACUAAUGUAAUGGACAACGAGAACUUUUCUUUCAUGAAAUAAGCAUGAAUAAGAAAAUUCAUUUCAAAAAAGCAAUGUAAAUGACUAUAAACUUAAUUGGGUUGACUCUAAGUUCCAUUUCCCACUAUUGUGUUGUAUGUCAAAAUCACUGCUGCAUAUUAUAACACUAGUGGUGGCCUAAGACAUUUUAACAGUACAUUAUUGUAUUUAUUAAAAAAAAAAAAGAUGUUUAUUUAUUUUGAUCCUGUGUGGAAAAUACUGUAUCGAAAACUCGAAAGAAAGAAUAAAUACUAGCUUUUGUAUACAA